GGCUGAGGAGGAAACUCUGGCUGGGGCGGUGCGCGCAGCUCCGGCGGGGCGCUGUGGGGCGGACGGCGGCGACGGAGACGGGGGGGACGGCAGAAGCAGCUCGGCCGGCAAAACGCGCUGGAGACAACCAACCGGGAGGACUCCUCUCCCGUAAACACGCUCAACUCCUCGGCCGCUUCCCCGGGGGCCGCGCGCCCGCCCGCCUUGGCGCCCGCCCGCCUCGGCGCCCGAGCAGCCUCGGACUGCUAUGUAACGUCGAGGCUGCGGGAGGACGAACGCGCGGAGGGAGAAGAGCCCGGGGCCAAGUUUGCGGCCACUUCGGCGGGCGCCCCCCUAAGCCCCUCUCCUGCUCCUCCUUGAAGCCUCGCUGGCCCGGGUGCCCCCCUUGGCCUUCUCCGGCUCCCCAGCUGCCGCGUUUCCCGGCGACCAUGGUGACGAUGGAGGAACUGCGAGAGAUGGACUGCAGCGUGCUCAAGAGGCUGAUGAACCGAGACGAGAGCGGCGGCGGCGGCGGCGCCCUGGGGCUGCCGAGCGGCGGCAAGUGCCUGCUGCUGGACUGCAGGCCGUUCCUGGCGCACAGCGCCGGCUACAUCCGAGGCUCGGUGAACGUGCGCUGCAACACCAUCGUGCGGCGGAGGGCCAAGGGCUCGGUGAGCCUGGAGCAGAUCCUGCCCGCCGAGGAGGAGGUGCGCGCCCGCCUGCGCUCGGGCCUCUACUCGGCCGUCAUCGUCUACGAUGAGCGCAGCCCGCGCGCCGAGAGCCUCCGGGACGACAGCACCGUGUCGCUGGUCGUGCGGGCGCUGCGCCGGAACGCCGAGCGCACCGACAUCUGCCUGCUGAAAGGUGGCUAUGAGAGGUUUUCUUCUGAGUACCCAGAAUUCUGCUCUAAAACCAAGGCCCUGGCAGCCAUCCCGCCACCUGUGCCCCCAAGCACCACGGAGUCCUUGGACCUGGGUUGCAGCUCGUGUGGGACCCCAUUGCAUGACCAGGGGGGUCCCGUGGAGAUCCUCCCCUUCCUCUACCUGGGCAGCGCCUACCACGCCGCCCGCCGGGACAUGCUGGACGCCCUGGGGAUCACAGCCCUGCUGAAUGUCUCCUCGGACUGCCCCAAUCACUUCGAGGGACAUUUCCAGUACAAGUGCAUCCCGGUAGAAGAUAACCACAAGGCGGACAUCAGCUCCUGGUUCAUGGAAGCCAUUGAGUACAUUGAUGCAGUGAAGGACUGCCGGGGCCGAGUGCUGGUUCACUGCCAGGCCGGCAUCUCAAGGUCUGCCACCAUCUGCCUGGCCUACCUGAUGAUGAAGAAGCGCGUGAGGCUGGAGGAGGCGUUCGAGUUCGUCAAGCAGCGCCGGAGCAUCAUCUCGCCCAACUUCAGCUUCAUGGGACAGCUGCUGCAGUUCGAGUCUCAGCAGUCAAGCUUGAAGUUAUGAAACCCACAGAUCCUGGCAAAUGUGCCCAACCAAUUUUAUCAAGUGGAGAGGGAAAGAAAAGUGGAGAAAACGCGGUUGCCGGAAGUGCCUGGUUCUGUGUGCUUGUUCUGUUGUUGCAUUCAUGGGAGUUUUGUUCUAGAACUUCCAGGCCACAGCAUUUCACUUCUCUUUAGUCGACAACUGAAUAAUGAUGCUUAACGAAUAUUUGAGAACUUCUUCAGGACGCAUGUGCGGGAGUUUGGUGACUUGGCAAUGUAUCUCUGUUGAGGUUACACAGUAGAGCCCCGAAACCUCACACAGGUGUGCUAGCAACAAGGAAGUGAGAGGGCAGUCUGUGGGUCUCUGCCAGGCACCGUGAUCGCUGUCAUGCAUUGUUGCCGCGGAGAAGCAGGCAGGGUGACGUGCAAGAAAAAAAUGUCUACGGCAGGUCGCUUUUACAGCUGGUUCCUGGGACCACCAUAAGCUUGCCUCUCCAGUGGUCCAUUGGCUGUGGCUAGAGCAUCUUCUUCCAGCUUGCCUAGGAUUUGGAUAUUGUCUUUGAUAAACACCAUCUUAUCUAAGGUGCUCCUGGAAAACUGAGUGCAAUUCAGAUUUUCCUACGGUGAAUCAUUUGGCAAGGCGGUCAUCAGAGCCAGAUCACUAAAGAUGAGCUAAAAACGAAUGAAUCCCUUUGUGAACUCACUACUGUCCUUUCUCUUGGAUAAAUCUGGAGUUUUCUGUUUUAGGAAUUGACUUGAAGCAUACCAAGAAAUUCUUGUUAUGAAAUCCCUGUCUGACAAGUGAGUAUGUUCAGAAGCCCUCCUUUGAAUAAAAAGAGGUUUGCCAUGACUUGGGGCUCCUAAAGUCUGGAAGGGGGUGAGAGCGCACCAGGGGAAGGUUCUCGGGAGCCAUUUUGGGUUCUGACUGGGCUAACACAAUUUUUAAGGAGCCUUUCCAACUGGAGGAAUGAGUGUGUUUUCUAAGGGGAAGGCUUGGGGUGGGGUGGGGAGGGAACGUGUUUUUAUCUGUAGUAUUGAGGAACAGUAUUGUGAUGGAGCGCCAGCUUAGAGGUCACCGCAGACUUGUCAGAAACAAGAGCAUGGUUUUUCACCCUCUUUGGGAGCCUAGAUCUCCGUGGACAUUCUUGAUCCCACAUAAAUAACUUCAAGCCUCAAUGUCACAACCGUGGUGGAACGCUCUUUCUUGUCCAAAACCCCAGACAGCCCGGUUCGUGACAUUUGCCUACAUGAACUGUGAACCUGUGUUGGCAUAUCUUGUAUUGGUGGCCUGUCACCCUGCCUCUGGGUGAGUUCAGAGUCCUCACUUUGUGUUUUUGUUGUUUUAGAGAAGUGAGGGUGCCCUUCCUCCCUGACUGCUGUGUUGGCUGCUUUGGCUGAAGGCAUGAAGGGGCUGAGCUCCCAGUUGGUGGGGCCCAUUAGAGACUGCCUAGUUGGAUGGUCCUACUUUUUUUCCUCCCCUGCUUCCUGGCAGCUGUUUCAUGUGUGAAGAAUUUUAGGAUGAGUUUUUGUAGCUAGACAAGUCCUGGGUUCCAAGAAUGUAAGGUUUUCUGGAGGACAGACAGCCUUUUUAUAUGAGUGUGUUUGCCAAAUGUGUCCUAGUUCCCAGACUGGAUCCCAACCACACAGGCAGUGGGAGCUCCAAAUAUCCUUCCCUGCUUCCUAAUUCAAACCACCUAUGACAAUGUCAAGGGGCUAUUUAUAAAAUCAUUUUCUUUGUACUUGAUAACAGCAUGACACCCAAAACUCUGAGAAGGAAAAUAGGACAUUAGUUUGGUUGAAAGGAAGAUAAAAAGUUGUGUGUGUGUUGGGGUGGCGGGGUCACCUUUUAAAAACGGUGACUGUCUCUCCAGAAGCUUCUUUGAAGGCUUGGUCUAUCUCCAACCAAGACAGUGUCCCAUCCAUGAACUGAUUGCUGGUGAUGGGAAGUUUUGCAGUGUCGGGAAGCUGUUGAAUAUGUGCCAGAGAAUGAGGGACACUUCCAGUUUCCCCGGGAGUCUUGGCUCCAUCCGUGGGUGUUUUGGGGAGUUGAGAGCUAAAGCACAGGUGAGCAGGUGGCUAGCAGCCCUCAGCUUCAUUCUCCCAUCCCCACCCCUGUGCCGAGAACUUGUACUCUGGCUUUCAGUACUUGGCUUUCAGUAAGGCUGGGGAAGCCAUGGAAAGAGGUUAAGAGUCCUUGGGAAGGUGGUAGGAAGGGAAGAUGGAUGGUUAGUCCCAAGGGGAAGGGACUGGGCAAUAGCUUGGAAGCCUGGAGUAAUGAUAAGAUAGUUCAUAUUGGUGGUUCAUCACAAUCACCUGGGCAACCUUGAAAAUUCUCAUAAUCUGGGUGGCCCUUGACCAAAGAAACCAGGACUUUUGAGGGUGGGACCCAGACACCAGUGUGUUCCAGUGUUCUAGGUGCAGCCAAGUUUGGAGAUGCCAUUGCUCUCUCUGGAUGGUAAAAUUCUAACAAAGGCCUGGUCUUGUUAACACACAGCCAGCUUGUGAAACAGGAGUCCCCAUCAGAAGCUUUGUCAGAGGGUCGUUGUGGUCCCACUAGCCACAGCUGGCCGAGGGGGUGAGUUGGUUUCUUUGGGGGAGCCCCUGAGUGGAAACCAAUUUGUGGAGUGUUGUGAGUGGGCCCCACAUAGUGUCUGGGUGUUGAUGUAUUUCUCUAAAGUUUGUUUCCAAGAAAGAUGGAGAAAGUCUGUGUUUGUUUUCAAGUCCUGCUUUCCAGUGCCCUGCUCCUCGGUUCAUGGAUCACUCAAAGAACUUCAGAAAGAUAUCAAUGCAAUACUUGUAACUUGUGUAAAUAAAUAGCCCCAUCUUUCUGAGUGGUGUCAUUUCUACAUUUGAUAUGCUUGUAUUUCUGUAGGAUGUACAUAGUUUAGGGGAUUUUUGUUUUUUAGAAGUCAAACAUGUCUGUUUUUAUUUAUUGCCUGAAAAUGAUCAUUUGAAGAAAAAUAAAUACAUUUU